AGAGACGCAUCCCAGGCCAGGCUACACCGCUCGAGUCUCCAGCGCGGCGGAGGCUGCACCGAGGGCGAGAGCGAGAGCGAGCGGGCAGAGGCACCAGGCGCCGGGGCCCGAGGCUCGACUCUCGGCCCCGGCUCUGCGCGUCCCCCCUCUCGGCCCUUCCUCACCGGUGCCCGGGCAAGAUGCCGCGCACGUCUCACCGGGCCAUCCCUUGGCUCUGCCUCUUCAUUGUGGCCCUCGCCACCCACCCAGCCCGGCCCCAGAAGCCCCCCAGGCGGAAGACACCCCCCUGCUGUGAGGAGGUGGCGGCGCUCCGGGCACAGGUGGCCAACCUCAGCCUCGCGCUGCGGGGACUGGGCGAGCGGCAGGAGCGGGCCUGGGGGGGCGUGGCCGCGCAGGUGACGGAGCUGCAGAGCAGCGCCAAGCGCGUGGCAGCCCGGCUGGCUGCGGCGGAGAGCAAGUACUCGGAGAUGCACGACCAGAUGGGCCUCAUGCAGCUGCAGGCGGCCCAGACCGUCACGCAGACCUCGGCCGAUGCCCUGUACGACUGCUCCUCCCUGCACCGGAGGAACUACCGCAUCUCAGGCGUGUACAAGCUGCCUGCGGACGACUUCCUGGGCAGCCCCGAGCUGGAGGUGUUCUGCGACAUGGAGACCUCGGGCGGGGGCUGGACCGUGAUCCAGAGGCGCCAGAGCGGCCUCGUGUCCUUCUACCGGGACUGGGCGCAGUACAGGCAGGGCUUCGGCAGCACCCGCGGGGACUUCUGGCUGGGCAACGAGAACAUCCACCGGCUCUCCCGACGGCCCACCCGGCUGCGCGUGGAGAUGGAGGACUGGGAGGGCAGCGUGCACCACGCCGAGUACAGCCACUUCGCGCUGAGCGACGAGCUCAACAGCUACAGGCUCUCCCUGGGGAACUACAGCGGCAGCGUGGGGAAGGACGCCCUGGGCUACCACAACAACACGGCCUUCAGCACCAAGGACAAGGACAACGACAACUGCCUGGACCCGUGCGCCCAGCUCCGCAGAGGGGGGUACUGGUACAACUGCUGCACGGACUCCAACCUCAACGGCGUCUACUACGGCCUCGGGGAGCACACCGCGCACCUGGACGGCAUCAGCUGGUAUGGCUGGCAUGGCGCCAGCUACUCCCUCAAACGGGUGGAGAUGAAAAUCCGCCCUGAAAACUUCCAGCCGUGACAGGAGGCUGCCGUGACACGGGCCGGGGACACAGGGCCGGGGAGGAGGGGGAGUCUCUGCAAGGACACUGCAGUCAGAGGAGCGUGAAGGCCUCAGGCCCGGAACACGGCGGGGGAGGGGGCCCGCCCAGCGAGGGCAGACGGAUCCCAGCUGACUUUCCUGAGAGGAAACGGGACCCACCUCCACCCACUUGCUCUAAGACACAAAUCACACGAGGACAGAACUUUUCUUUUUUUUGCUAAUAUUAAAUCUGGUUCUCAGAGGAAAGCGUGGGUGCUGGAGAAAGGCGUGAAAGAGGCUGGUGGGGAAGCCGAGUCAGCUUUUAGCAGGCAACACUGUUUUGCAGACAACACCUGCUGGGGGUGAGCCGCCCCAGGCUGCGCUGGCCUGGCAGCCCUCGGGCACUGCCCUGAGGCCUGGGCACGCACAGGGGCCCCCGGGAGCCCUACGGCACUGGUCACCUGGAGCAGCUUUAUUCCCCCGUGGGAGAGUGGCUCAGAGAGCCGCGUGCCCAUCUCGCUUAGCAAAGGCGGCUGAAAGCAGACGCUCGGAGAUGAGUGACGCACCCCUGUACAGGAGCACCUUGCUGUGUAGAAAUA